AUGUCCGUGAACAAUUAUAGAAAAUGCGCAAAGUGUGGUAAAACACGUGCUGAAGAUAUGACGGUGACGUAUCAUAGGUUUCCGAAUCCAGGAAAGGAUAAUAACACGAAGGCUCAUGCUUGGGCCAAAUAUUGUUGGCCGAAUAAUGACUGGAGUUCUAGAGAAUCAUUAUACUCGCUCCACAAAACCAAUAAAGUUUUAUGUGGAAGACACUUUCAUUCAUCUCAAUUUUAUGACAGUACAAGGAAAAAAUUGAGUAAAUUUGCUGUGCCUGAAUUAACUGACUUACUAAAUGAUGAAACCAAUGUAUUUAACCAGAAUGCAGCAGCAUCAAAUGUAGCAGGACUGCAAAAGUCAAGAGUACCAUUUUCACGAAUUGAAAAUAGUCCAGUGUCACCCAUUUUGGUUAAACCAACAAAUAUAUUGUCACCCCUAAAACGACCUACUGACCCAAUACAGCCAUCUAAGUCAACUGACAAGGAACAGAAUGCACCAGAAGAAAUGUUACCUUCAAAAUCCACAUCAACAAAGAAUGUCCAGAGUCAAGUUUUGCCAUACCAUGAUGAGUCACAUUUGACUAAAUCAGCUUCCAAGAAAUGCAAUAGUAUCCUGAGUGCAAUCAAUGUGUCUAAAGUUAGUGAAUUGACUUCUAGAGAAGUUAAGUUAUACAAUAUUUGCAAAAAAAAGCUAAGGGAAAUAAUUAGACUCAGAAAAAAGUAUAAAAAUAAAAAGAUAGAUAUAGUUAAAGCAAUUUCUGAAGAUGAAAAAGUGCAACAACUAUGUGAUUUAAAUAUCAGCAAUUCUUUUGUAGUUUUACUACAAAGCCAGUUACAAAAUUGCCCUAAAAAACCAAAAGGGAGAAGAUACACACUGAAUCAAAAAAUCAUGGCUUUAGUAAUUUAUAAAAAGUCACCUGCCUGCUACAGACUACUCAGAAGAAUGUUCACAUUACCAUGCCAAAGCAGCCUGAAUAAAUUGCUUAAUAGAGUGCCAUUGAAACCAGGGAUUAAUCGACACAUAUUUACAUCUCUUAAAAAAAUGACUGGAAAUCAAACAGAUGAGGAAAACAUUUGUAUUUUAUCUUUUGAUGAAAUAUCAAUUAGAAAACAUUUGGAUUAUGACUCAAAAUCAGACGAAAUACAGGGCUUCAAAGACCAUGGCAAUCAUGGCAGAAGUAAUGAAAUUGCCACUAAAGCCCUUGUAUUUAUGCUUGCCGGUAUAAGAAAAAAAUGGAAACAGCCCAUUGCAUUUUAUUUCUCCCACACACUGACCGCCGAUAGAAUGACUGUGAUUUUAAAAGAGAUACUCACAGAAUGCAUCAAUUCUAACGUCAAUGUUGUUGCCACUGUGUGUGAUUUAUCAACAGUAAAUCUGAAAGUAUUGAAGACAGUAGGUGUGACAACCAGUGAACCUUUUUUUUUGCACUGUGAAAAGGAAAUUGUGGCAAUUUUAGAUCCUCCACAUCUUUUAAAAUGCACUCGAAAUCUUCUCAUGAAACAUAAUGUCGAAUGCACAACAGAUGUUCAGUGCAAUGAUAAGACUGUGAAAGGCACAGCAAAAUGGAGCCACAUUGAAGCAUUUCACCUUCUUGAUAAAAGUAAUGCAAAUUUUGUUUUUGCUCCUGCACUAACAGACCAUCAUUUGCAUCCAAAUGUUAAGCAGCAGAUGAGAGUAAAGCUGGCAGCACAAGUAUUUAGCCACUCUGUCACCGCUGGCAUAUUAGCGAAAAUUGCAUCAAAUGAACUUCCAACUGAAGCCCAUGCAACAGCAACUUUUGUGCAAAAUUUUGACAAGCUGUUUGAUGCCGUUAAUGCUGACAGCCCGGACCUACGUAGAGGAAAAAAGUAUUCCACAAACCUAACUGCACGGAGCCCUCAUAUAGCGUUCUUCGGAGAGAUGAGAAAGUUUAUUUCAUCCAUGAAAUACCUGGGAAAGAAUUGGAAGAAGACGAGAAAAGAAAAGCCAUGGAAAGGAAAAUGA